CUUUACAGGCAAACGAAACGCAGCUUUUUUAUGGCCGCUAGAUUCCCCUUGUUUUGACGUUCUUUCAUUUCAUUUUUCGUAAAACGAGAGGGGAUUUCUUAUUAGCGACGGUAUACGAGCACGAUUGCGCUGCAUUUUAUCCGUUAAAAAUACAACAAAGCCAUCAAACUGGAAGUUCUGCAGGUUACGAGAGAGGACGCCGAUAUGACGUCCGUGGCUAGGAGACGGGAGCACGAAGAUUCCGGAGAAUAUUCGGACGCAUCGCAAGAGAUCGAGCACAAUAACUCCGGGAACGAUGGUGGUCAGAACGAGUCGGAUUACGACUCCCAGGGGAGUGACUCCGAACAUUCGGAUCAAGAUUCCGAAAACAAGGAGUCGGAACGUCGAGUAGACGAUGAUGAGGAUCGGAGCAAUCCCCAGUACAUCCCCAAAAGGGGAACUUUCUAUGAACACGAUGACAGAACUGCGGCCAGUGGAGAAGAAUCAACCAACACAACAUCAGAGGCGGCCUCAGAGAAGAAGGAAGGCGCCGAGCCGCCGGCCGAGCGCCGCCGUCCGCCCCGCAAGUCCGAGAUCGUUAACAAGUGGUCGCAUGACAAGUAUAAUGAGAACGAACAGAUGCCGAAGUCCCGUGACGAGCUAGUAGCUAUCUACGGGUAUGACAUAAGGAAUGAAGACGCACCUCCCCACGCCAGGCGCAACCGUCGAUAUGGGCAUCGACAAUCAUGGCGUCGCGGUCCCAACAAGUACACUCGUACAUGGGAGGACGAGGAGGCUUACAGAAGACAGUCAGCAGCUCAGCAGGUGCCGAGGAAACCGCCCACGGCUGAGGACUUCCCUGAACUUGAUGCUGGAAGGAGACAUGGCAAACCCCGUUCCCCGCGACCCCGUUCAAAGUCCCAGCCAUCUUCCACGUCCCCCGUUGAGAACGGCUCUCUCCGUCGCAACGCUUCCAUCAAAACGGCCAAGAAGCCGACCGUUAAGCAGGGCACGGGCCGCGUGGCCGUCAAGGUGCCCAAACCCAAGGAGAAGGUGUCCAUGCCGCCGCUGGAGAACUUGACUAUAACCGCCAGUGUUAAUAACAAUCAAGGUCAGGCCCCGCGCAAGGUGAGCGCGGUGGCGCAGCAGCGGCCCGUGCCCACUGACCAGGCGCGGAAGAAGAGUAAUGCUAAUGCACAGCAGCCACAAUCACAAUCGAGCCAGCCCGCGAACAAGUCUCCGCCGCAGCAACAAUCCGGUCAGCAACAACAGCAACAGAAGACGCAACAGAAUCAGCAACAGCCGCCAGCCGGUGGCGGUGGCAGCAAGCGAUACAGCAGUUUACGUCAGCGGCCACUCGCUGAUUCUUACUCCCCGCAACAGCCACAACAACAACAACAACAGCAACAACAACAGCCACAGCAACAACAACAGCAGCAACAGCAACAGCCUCAGCAACAACAGCAACAGCCCGCCCAGCAACAGCAGCCGCAUAGAUAUCAUGCUGGUCCGAACGAGUUCGUGGGCGGCAACGCUCAGGCCCACGCGCAUCCACAACACAUUAUGCACCAGCAAGUGAUGGUAAGCGGCGCCAACAGUCACGCGGCGUCGCCGCCGCACGCGCUGCCCGCGCCGCCCGCUGCGCAUGCCUCACAUGCGUCACAGGUGCGGCUAGGCAUGAUGGAGCAGCAGUCGAUGCCGGUGCCGCAUCAUCACAACAUGCAUAACAUGCAAGCGCCACACAAUAUGGGUCAAAUUCAGCAAGCACAGGGUUACGCACCGCCCGCCAUGAUGCCAGCGCAGUAUAUGCAGCAAAGCAACAGCGGCGCAGUAUUCGGUGGAGCGAUGUACCCGGCGGCCCCGCACGGGGCCCCGCAUGCGGCCCCACAUGGCGCCCCGCACCCCGCCCCGCACGCGGGCCCGCACGGGCAGGCCCAUCCUACCUACCAGCAUCAGAUGUAUACGCCGCAUCAUAAUUAUAUGGGCGUCCCCCCCGCGGGCGGCGUGACGUACUACAACUGCGCGGAGCAGGAGCCGCCCGCGCCGCAGCCGCGGCCCCAGCGCCGCCCCACCGCCGCCAUACCCAUCGUCAGCCCGCACCAUGCCGACAGGCCAGCAAAUUCGUCUGAAAAGGACAACAUAGACAGGAUCGUGGAAAACAUGUUCGUUCGGAAACCCUGGCCUGCGACACAUGGGGCUGAUUCAAAAGAAAAACAGCCAGACAACCGUAGUUCACAAGAGCCACAAAGCAAAGAGUCUUCCCAGCCCAACAGCUUAACUUCCAGUUCCAUCUCCACCGACUCCAAGCCUUCUGAGAGCAGAGAAGAGCCCCAGAAGCCAACAGAAGUGAAAGAAGAGGUUAGGGAGCCCGUAGAAUCCGCAGUUACUCAGGAAAGUAUAGCUACGGAUGCCUGACUGAUAAGAAUACGCUUGUACGAAUGCUAUCAAGCUAAGUACUUCAGCAGAAGAUAAACAAACUCUUUUUUUAGAACGACGAUCAUGCUUUACUGACCGGGAGCUUCGGGUAGCGUCGGAACAGUUCGGGUAACUUCGGAACUAAGUUCGAUGUGUGACAAUAAUUCAUGGAGAAUUAAAUGCCUAGUGGAGAUGUCAUAACGCAAAAUCUCGUAAGAAUCUAGCGUCACCCAAGUGCGGGUUUUCGAGGGCGAGGAAUAUAACUGGCUCCGCCCUCAUACGCCUUCUUUGGAGCCCGCCCAUUUUGGACAAAUAAAAUCACCAAUCAAUCAAGGCAAUUGGCAGAUGUGUCAAGGAAUCUAAACGCCUCGUAAGUUAGAUAGUGACUGAUCGUUUUCGUUAUACUUGAUGAAGUAGCCUGACCUACCUGCCUUAUGACAUCUCCACUAUCUUUCUUUCCUCCGUGCAAUAAUUGCAUUUCGAUUGCAAUUGUUUUUAAGUCAAUUCGUGGUUGAAUUGUGUUAAUCACUCGUUAUAUAGGAAUUAAAUAAACCUUAUAAUAUUGUAAUUAAAAUAAUCUAUGUUAUACGUAAAGGAAUAUAUGUUAAAUAGUCUAAAUAAACGAUUUAAUGGAUGUGGUAUUUUUUUAAUAGUGCAUUCUUUUUGGCAGCUCCUGGUCUACAUUUUAAAUACGAUUCUAUAAGACUCUUGGCCUAGCAUAUAUAAACGUUGGGCGUUUUUGAGUUAACUGGAAUCUUCUAAAGCGUGAUCGUCGAAAAAUCAAAAUUUUUAAAUAAAUAUGUAAUUUUCAAAUUAUAUACUACUUGGCUGUGUUGAGAUCUGUGCGGUUGUAAAAAUAAUAAAAUCUAAAAAAUAAAACUUAAGAUUUAUGCAAAUCAUUGUAUGAAAGAUAAAAAAAACGUGUGUUAAUUUGCAAGUAGAGGCCAAGUAUUCCAUUGUUUGGCCUAAAUAACUUUAGCUAUAGAAAGAAAACUUGUCAAAAACUGUUCAAUCAAAUUCUUAUGACAUUUAAAUUGGUAGCUUUAAGUGGAUACCCGAUAUUAAAAUUGAAAUAAAACUGCCAAUAGUUACGUUAGAAUAUUUCGUGAAUUUUUCAUCGAAAAUUGUAUAAUUUUUACAACCAAACAGAAGACUAAACAUUAAGUAUAAAAUCUAAAAUCCCUAUAUAUAUAUAUAUAUAAAGUAAUCUUGUAAUACUAUCAUAUCUUUGUUAACUAAUUGUGGGAUAAAAGUAGGUAUAACUGAUUCAGCUAGUUUGUCUGUGUGUCUAUGAAUGGGGUUUCCAUAGAUGUUUGUCUAAAUAGAUGGUGCAAGGGUUCUUAUACGACAUUCGUGGGAACUACUGCCCGUGCCACCAAAAAAAUAUAGACAGAAAAAUAAAGCCUGUUUCUCGGGAAGUGUCGCUUUCCAACAGUGAAAGAAUUUUUCCAAUCGGCUCAGUAGUUUCGGAACCUUUGGGUAACUUACAAAAAAUAUGUCCGCUUUAUUAUAUUCGUAUAGAUGUGUUCAAUUCCAGGUCAGGCAAGUACCAAUGCAACUCUUCUAUGUUUGUAUGUACUUUCUGAGUACCUAUAUCUUAGACACCAAUGACUGUAGGUCCGGCUGUCAUUGAACAUCCUUGGCGGUCGUUACGGGUAGUCAGAAGCCAGUAACUCUGACACCAGUCCAACCAAGUUGUAUUGGGUUGCCCGGGUAACUGGGUUGAGGAGGUCAGAUAGGCAGUCGCUCCUUGUAAACAACUUAUUUAACUUUUAGGGAAUAAAAGACAUAAAAAUUGCUCUAUGCCUCAAAGUGACAUUGUUCCAGUAAGCUUGCGCUAUCUAUUUAGAUUAUACGUCUAUGGGAAAUAUAGUAAAGUUGCUUAUUAUAAGGUCUGUAAACGUGCGUUGUUGUGGAACUAAAUUAUUGUAUAAUAAAUAAAUAACAGCGAAUAUAUUUUCGUGUCUGAAGUAGGUAGUUAUCAAAUUGACGUCAUUUUAUGAGAUCUUGGCUGGAAAACUUAAAAUAGGAGCAAUUUAUUGCUUGAGAUUCUUCAGUGGUAGUUGAAUAUUGCGUUGGAUGAAGAUGUGUGUAAAAUAAACGUCCCCAUAAGCAUGUAGUUAAGCAGCAAUGUCAUUUUCUUUUCGGAAAAUUAUGGCGAAGAGAAACCCGGUUGUCCGUCAUAACCAACAGUUGACAAUUUGUCCUUAUUUUAGUUGUUUUCAUUCAAGCCACGAUCUCAUAAAAGCAGAAUUGUGUUGCAUUCAACGGAUCAAUCAUUGUUGCGUGAUUUUUUUUAUUUUUACUUUUUUUUGUUUCUUAUUUAUCGCGAUCUCAGUGCUUUGUUUGUAUUCGCAACUUGUUAUUAUUUUGUUUCUAAAUUGAUGACGUCAUGUUUAAAAAAAUUGCGUUAAACGCUUCGAUUUUUUUUUGUCACUUAUGUUUUUUUGUUGUAAAGUAAAAAUAUCACAAUAAAUAUGUAAAAACACCAAUUAGAUGUAUGUCGUUGAAAUAAAUGUUCUACACUAAAUUGUUGAUAGAUAUUAAAGUUAAUUAAAAUAUAUUUUUAAUUGAACCACAUGCGUGUUUGUCGAAUAGAAAUUAGAUGUCGUGUCGUCAAUACCGCCAUUGUUGUUUCACUUUUUGUAUGAAAUAUAAGCAUAUCGGAUAUAUCGAAAUACUAUAGUAAUAAUAAAGGAAAUCUUUUUUUUUCUAUGAAAUAAAUAAGCGUAGUUUUUGAAAAUGACUGGGAAAAAAUAAUAUAUUUUCGAUACUUUCCCUUGAACUUCCAAAUAUUUUGUAUAAAAUUUCGUGUAUGACGUUUUAAAAAUCACUCGAACCCGUAUUGAUAGGCGAAUCUCUGAAUAGAAUUUGUUAUAGCAAUAAUAGGUAGCUAAAAUCAUUAUUAUUUUAUAAAUAUUUCAGGGCCAAGAUAUUAUUAACAACGUUUUAUUAAUGCGGGCAAUGUUUCAUAAAAAAGAGGAUUAUUAUGUUAAUUUCAGAUUCUUUAGAAAAUUACAGUUUUCGUUUAUAUUUCAGUUGGGAAAAAAUAUCAGUUUUCAUCAAUAAUUUCUAAAAUAGAAAAAAAAAAACUAAAAUCCUCGGAGCAAUAAAAUUGUCUGAUAUAAGCAAUAAUUUAAAGCAAUCUUAGUCUGUACUUUGGACGAUGACACAAAAAAAAUUGCACACAUAUUUGAAUUUGGUUACCGGGUUGGGGAGGUCAGAUAGGCAGUCGCUCCAUGGAAAGCAUUGGUACUCCGCAGUUACCAAAUAGACUGAAGGCCGACCCCCCACAUAAACAGGAAAAAGGAUCAUGAAGAAAAUAUUUUUAUGUAAAAAAUCGUUCUUUGGAGAACUAUUUCAUAACUUACAGCAGAAUGAAUUCUCGGAAAUUAAUGCAGAAGUAACAUUGCUUUUACUAUUGCUUUUUCCAGGCAAUUUUAUUGCAUCUUGCAAGAAUGAAAAAUACUUAAAAUUCUAAACUUAAUGUGUAUUUUGUAAGUUCCUGCAUAGCAAGUAUCAAAGUCGUUUAACAUUUUUUUUAUUCAUACAAAAUCAUUUGAAACCUCUUGUUUUUUGUUUUCAUAUUUCUGACUACCCGCUUUUGUUAUGGGUUUUCUUAUAGGCCUUUAGUACACCAAUCUUCUAAUUUAAGUCUCUCCAAUAUAGCGUAAUAUGUAGAAAUAAUUUGACAAAUACAAAAAAACUAAUUUCAAAUACACAAUGACCAUUUUUUGUAUCGGAAUAAAAUUCCAAAAUAACCUAACAUGCUACGCCAUAUUGAACGGAGUCCAUCACCACAUUUAUGUAUAAAAAAAUAUAAUUAUAAACAUGUUGUACUCAACUAGUCUUUUUUUAUAAGUAUCGAGCGAGUAAGACCUGUGACCAUGUUCCAACUUAAAAAAAUAGGAACAAUACUACAUUGACGAUAAUCUUAGAACCUCUUUAGUAAAAUAUCGUCCAUGUAUUCUAAAUUUAAAGUUAUAUAAAAGAAGGUCGGAACAUGGUCCACUUAAAAUAAUAUUUUUUAUUAAAAAAAAAAUCAUUAACAGAUAACAAGUAAAAACUGGCAAUAAUUACACUCGAGUUCUAAACGAUAUUUUUUAAUAAAAUGAUUGGGAAAAAAAAUGUAAAAAAAUAAUGCUUUUGUAAACUAAGCUGGUUAUUUAUUAUGAUAAGUAAAUCUUCUAAAACUGG